CCCCGUUCCUGCAUGGUGCAAUCAUUACACAAACAUCAGAAGAGGGGGGAGGAGAUAUAAAUGUCUUCCCAGGACCAUCGGCUCCUAACCUCCAAGACCUGGGCUGCAGAAGGCAUCAUGAGCGAACUCAGCCGCUCCACGUCCUUCGGGCUCCGGCUGUCGGUGGCGGUCAUGCUGACUUUCAGCAAUCUCUUCCUCCUCAUCGCCAUAUCCACAAAUUACUGGGCCUUAUCGGUGUCUGGGGUGCACAUCGGAAUCUGGAAGAGGUGCCUCAUAAAUCUCUGUGAAUCCCACUCCCUCAUCAUCCACGCCAAGGUCUUCCUCGUCUUCUUCCUCAUAUUUAACAUCCUGACCAAUGCCUGCGUAAUUCUGAGCGUCUGGGCCGGAGAGGAGGACAGCAAGAAGCUGAUAGGAAAAACCAGUAUCUUCAAUGCAUUCCUUGGAAUUGCCGGAAUGGUUUCUGCAACCGUUUUCUUUGCGUUGGCUUCCGAUCUGAGACAAUUGCUGUAUGGCUUCUCGUUAGGCUGGCUGGGCACAGUUCUAGUUGUUAUAUGUGGUAUCAUGAGUUUAGUUCAUGAAUGUCUAGAACCUGACAAACCCUCCACCUCAUUACAAAACCUCAUUCAAAGAAAUAAUGCGCAACCUGUGCCCUAUCCAGGAACUCAACCUGUGCCCUAUCCAGGAACUCAACCUGUGCCCUAUCCAGGAACUCAACCUGUGCCCUAUCCAGGAACUCAACCUGUGCCCUAUCAAGGAACUCAACCAGUGUCCUAUCCAGGAACUAAACCUGUGCCCUAUCCGGGAACUCAACCUGUGCCCUAUCCGGGAACUCAACCUGUGCCCUAUCCGGGAACUCAACCUGUGCCCUAUCCAGGAACUCAACCUGUGCCCUAUCCGGGAACUCAACCUGUGCCCUAUCCAGAAAGUCAACCGCCACCCUAUCCAGGAACUUAA